UACGAAAAUCCUUCUAGGUUCAAGCGGCAUUUCACCGCGCAGUUCUUCAUUAGACCUUGCCUUGGAGGUUCGAAGUUUCCCUAGCAAACGCAGAAAGGGACGAGAUGGUGAGGCUCACUGCCGACCUUAUCUGGAAAAGCCCUCAUUUCUUUAAUGCCAUUAAAGAGCGAGAAUUGGAUCUGCGAGGGGACAAGAUAGCUGUAAUCGAAAAUUUGGGCGCUACUGAGGACCAAUUUGACACCAUAGACCUCUCUGACAAUGAGAUUGUCAAGCUGGAAAACUUGCCAUAUCUCAAUCGGCUGGGUACCCUACUCAUAAAUAACAAUAGAAUUACUAGAAUUAAUCCUAACAUUGGAGAAUUCUUGCCAAAAUUACAUACGCUGGUUCUUACAAAUAACAGGCUUGUCAACUUGGUGGAGAUUGAUCCUUUAGCAUCCCUUCCAAAGCUCCAGUACCUUAGUUUGUUGGAUAACAGUAUUACAAAGAAACCAAAUUACAGGCUUUAUGUCAUUUACAAGCUGAAGUCCCUUCGUGUUUUAGAUUUCAAGAAAGUGAAAAAUAAAGAGAGGUUGGAAGCCAAAAACUUGUUUUCUUCCAAAGAAGUAGAAGAAGAAGUUCAAAAGGCACCAAUUAAGGUGGCUUCACCUGUUGAAACUCCAAAUGUCUCUGAAGUUACACAGGAACAGCAAACAUCCAAAGUGGUCGCACCUACACCAGAGCAGAUUAUUGCAAUUAAGGCUGCCAUUGUGAAUUCACAAACUCUUGAAGAGGUUGCAAGACUUGAAAAGGCGCUAAAGUUAGGUCAGCUUCCAGAAGAUUUUAGAAGCUUGGAUGAAAAUGUAAUGUCAAAUAACGUCAAAGAAGGGCGUGAUGGAGUGCUUCAUAUAGACAAGAGUCAAGAUGAGGGUGAACCUAAUGGUACGGAAGAGCCGGGAAAAGCUGAUUCUUCUCCCAUGGAACAGGAUUAGAGUGGAGAUGCUUUGAAAAUCAUGCAGCCUUUAUUGCUGGGUUCUAGAAUCGGGGUCGUGGUUAUCUUCCGUAAGUAUAGGUGAUCGACUAUCUAAUUCCUCUGUCGUGUUUAUGCCAUUUAGGGUCUUCUUUUUGUUAAGUAAGGAACGUGAUUAUCUCAAUUCCUAUGUAUGACUGAAUUAGGCACGUUGGAAUCUCUGUGCAUGUGACUCAAUGAAUCAUUGUGGGGCAGCUAUUUUCUUUAAUUUGCUGGUUUAGACUUGAUUUCUUUAUAUGACUAGUGAGGUUAUUCCUUCGCAAUGAAAUGGUUAUGCCUA